CCUGGACAACAUGGACCUGUUUGAGGGAACCUUUUGCGUUUAAGAUGGAAUAUCCGCCCUGGCCUUGAAUUGCCUAAAGCGUUUCCUUGAUGUCGGCCCCGUGGGAUCUGAAUGGGAUGAACUCGCACGGAAUAUACGGCACGUGGCUCAUUUAUAUCGUCCUACACUUCCACCUAGGACCUCCUGCCCGGUCCUUCCUUAUCACCCCUAUUGUUCAGGAGCACAUUAAUGCCUACCAUAGGGGAGAAGCAAUUCAAACACUAACUUCUGCGUUCAAGCUCUCACAGGUUGCGAUGAAGGCCCGCAGACUGAGCUCGGCAAGAUCUAUUGAAAAGAGUCAACACAAUAGAUACAAUAUUUCAUGCCCGCUAUUGUCGUACAUCCCUCGGAAUAGCUCUCCUCAGCUCAUUACUUUCCGCCACAACCUGGUAAUCAGUCGGUUUAUAUCGUUUGCUAAACAUGUUAUAAGACCUGACCUGGGUCUUCCGCAGUUCCGUUCGCGGUGCUUGAUCAUCAUUCAACCCUCAGCCAGAGCAAACUGCCGCCGUCCCACCACGCUGUUGCGUGACCUUCGUGUGGCAGCAAUAGUGAGACAGGGCGGAUAAGGCUGAGCAUUCUACCGGUUGUUUGGGCCGUACCCAAGAUUCAAUCAAACACACCAGGCCACUGUCGUGGAGCACACACACUCC